GCGUCACUUCCUCUGAACUCCAUUUUCAACGUCACGCACCUGAAACACGAUUUGAAGAAGUGAACGAGAUCAACACAAAAAAUGCAAUACAAGAAUCUGGGUCGAUCUGGAUUGAAGGUAUCACAGUUAUCAUAUGGAGCAUGGAUCAGUUUUGGCAACCAAAUAGACGUGAAAGAAGCCAAAACCCUACUCCAAUGUUGUCGUGACAACGGUGUCAACUUCUUUGACAAUGCGGAGGUCUACGCUAAUGGCCGAGCUGAAGAAAUCAUGGGCCAAGCCAUCCGUGAGCUUGGCUGGAAACGCUCCGACAUCGUCGUCUCCACGAAGAUCUUCUGGGGUGGACCCGGACCUAACGAUAAGGGUUUAUCCAGAAAACACAUCGUUGAAGGAACGAAAGCGUCAUUGAAAAGACUCGACAUGGAGUAUGUUGAUUUGAUCUACUGUCACAGGCCGGAUUUGUGCACACCGAUUGAGGAAACAGUUAGGGCUAUGAAUUUUGUGAUUAAUCAAGGUUGGGCGUUUUAUUGGGGGACAAGUGAGUGGUCUGCUCAACAGAUCACAGAAGCUUGUGAGAUCGCAAAGCGAUUGGAUCUUGUUGCACCGAUUGUCGAACAGCCUGAGUAUAAUAUGUUUUCUAGACAUAAGGUUGAAAACGAAUAUCUUCCUCUGUAUAACAACUAUGGAAUUGGACUUACGACAUGGAGUCCUCUCGCAUCUGGAGUUUUGACCGGAAAAUACAACGCCGGAGUUCCUGCUGAUAGUCGUUUUGCAUUGGAGAACUACAAGAAUCUGGCAAGUAGAUCAUUAGUGGAUGAUGUGCUGAAGAAGGUUAAGAACUUGAAGCCAAUUGCAGAUGAACUAGAUGUACCUUUGUCUCAGCUUGCAAUCGCAUGGUGUGCUGCAAACCCUAAUGUUUCAUCUGUUAUCACUGGUGCUACAAAGGAGUAUCAGAUUAAAGAGAAUAUGAAGGCAAUUGAUGUUAUUCCUAAGCUUACACCUGAUGUAAUGGAGAAGAUUGAAGCAAUCAUUAAGAGCAAACCAAAGAGACCUGAAUCAUAUACAUGAAGAAAGCAUAUAAAUCUUGUUAUUUCUUGCCAAAACUAAACAUUUUAAUUCGUUUUAUAGUUUCUUUUUAAUAUUUCAUUGAGUUGUUUGUUGGAAACAAUGUUGUAUUUAUGCUGUGCUUGUUAUGAUUAAUGAUUAUCCAUGUGUUAAUUGCA